CCUUCAAGGGAACAUCAGAGGAGGCUGAACCCAAAUAUGAAGGAGGUGGUGAAGAAGGAAGUGAUAAAGUGGUUGGAUGCGGGAAUCAUUUUCCCAAUUUCUGACAGUAGCCGGGUUAUCCCAAUUCAAUGUGUGCCUAAAAAGGGUGGCAUGACGGUGGUGAAGAAUGACAACAAUGAACUUAUCUCAACAAGAACCGUCACAGGCUGGAGAAUUUGCAUGGAUUACAGAAAGUUGAAUCUAGCCACCAGGAAAGACCACUUCCCACUUCCCUUCAGUGAUCAAAUGCUGGAUAGAUUGGCAGGGAGGUCACACUUUUGCUUCUUGGAUGGUUACUCAGGGUACAAUAAGAUCUCCAUUGCCCCUGAGGAUAGAGAAAAGACCUCCUUCACAUGCCCAUACGGAAUUUAUGCCUUCAGGAGAAUGCCCUUUGGCCUAUGCAAUGCACCCGCCACAUUCCAACGGUGCAUGAUGGCCAUAUUCACUGACAUGGUAGAAGAUAUAAUGGAGGUGUUCGUGGAUGACUUCUCAGUGGUGGGGAAUUCAUUUGAGGAAUGCCUAGUGAAUCUGACGCGUGUGCUGAAACGGUGCAUCGAGACUAACUUGGUUCUGAAUUGGGAAAAGUGCCAUUUCAUGGUAGAAGAAGGCAUAGUCUUGGGGCACCGGGUGUCAAGCAAAGGAAUAGAGGUUGAUAGAGCAAAGGUUGAUGUCAUAGCAAAGCUGCCGCCACCAACUUCAGUCAAAGCCAUAAGAAGCUUCCUUGGACAUGCCGGGUUCUACCGGAGGUUCAUUAAGGACUUCUCC